AUGAAUGAACUCUGUAACUUUUGUAAAGAUUUGACGGAUGCUACCUUUGGAUCUGGCAUCAAAAAAAACAAUGGAGUAUUUGUUACAGAUCGAAUCAUUACAAAUGUAAUCAUCUCCAAGGAACUUCCCACUGUAACAAAAAUGAAUCAUCAAGCAUUACUAUUGAUUGUUUCAGCAUCACUCUGCUCCGUUUGGGUAAUUUCAAAGCUAGCAUCACAUAGAGUCUUGAAGGCUCUUGGUUUUUGUCGCUUAAUUUUUGAAUCCCUUAUCGAAGACGUUGAGACAAUUGUUUUCUUGAAGUUUUCUUCUCUAGAAGAAGCGAUCAGUUGUUUUGAGCAGCAUAAUCAACCGAAUCCCAUGAACAAUGAGCUAAGAGAUAGAAUUUCCCUGCUUCGCACUAUUAUUUUUCAAAUAAAAAGUCAUGUCUCGAUGGACUAUCAAAAAAAUACACUAAUUUCUCGUAUCUGUUCGGGAAUUUGCUACCUGCUUGAGUAUAAACGUUUCAAACAUUCAUUCAAAAGGCUUGCGAAAAAGUCUUCAAUAAAAGCAGGUUGUUCUUUCAACUUAUCUCAAUGUGAAUUUCAUCGAUUAAUGGCUGCAGAUGAGACAUUUAACCGCAAUGUUAGAAAAACGCUCAAAGAAAUUCGGCGCUUUGUAAGUGAAUAUGCGGUAAAAUACCUUUUUAUUCUGCUUUUUCUACGUGCAAUGACUUUUCUUGCCCAUAAAUUUUCUAUAAAUGUUGACAGUCCUAGUAUCGUCAAGCUGAAUCUUAGUCAAACAUUGAACAGAAACGUGUUGCUUCUCAUAUUCUUCAUCCUUUGCUUACAGGGAAAGUCAUGUUUUAGGUGGUUUUUCACAAAGAUUACUUUUGCAGACAAAUCUGAGUUCAGGGACAACUCCAUGAUCAAUUGCGAAUAUUCAUUCCCAGAAAAAGAUUAUCAACACGUAGAAGACAAAGGUACCGAGUUCUUCAAUCUAGAAAAAAGGAAAGAAAACAUGAAAGCAUUUUUGGAGAGUAUAACCAGAAUCAGGCCUAAAGAAAAAGUAAGAAAUGACUUUUCCUUUGAAAAAAUAUCCUUAAGAAACUAUGCCUCGGAUAUCGAGAAUGAUUAUUAA